AGAAAGUUGCUGUUGAAUCCGGAUCCUGGUGUGGCCUUGAGUCGUCUGGGAAGGUUGUUAUAAUACUAACACAUAUUGAGUACUUUACUUCAUUACCUCGGCCUCUAGUGUACAGUUAUACCGGGUGACUGUUGACUGUAUUACUGUUAGUUAUCCUGAAUUACCAACAGUCAUGAUACCCACAGGUGGUAGCCGGUCAUCUCCACUUAUUGUGGUGGUUUUACUCGUAAUAGUCCUCAUCUUGGGCUUUAAUUACUGGUCAUUAUCUUCACAACAUAUCAACGCACAACAUAAACUAGAAAAAUUACAAGAAGAGAUUAAAAGAAGUGCCAUGAAGCAGGAACAGUCGGACAACAAGAACGCAGCGCUACAAAAAAAGGUACAUGAAAUGGACGGUUUAUCUGUCAAGUUAAAAAAGAAAUUAGAAGAAGAGGAAAACUUACUGAAAAACAAGGAACAGGAUGACAGCAAGAAAACUUAUGAGAUAACUGACUUGAAGAACAAACUGAUCAAGAUGCAAGAAUGCAUUGCGAAGGAUGAAGCAGCAGCGGUGCAGCGAGAGAAGAUGGCCGUAGCUCAGCCUAACAUAGCCCACGGUCCCAUGAACUUACCUAAUAUUGAAAACAGAGGUGGUUGUAAAAGUCGCAACUAUGGUCAUGGCAGUAUUGUGUGUGUGUGUGAUACCUCCCACUGUGACACUUUCCCACCAGUGCAGCUGCCUGAUGCUGGUGAGGCUCUGAUUGUGACCUCCAGUAAGGCAGGACUACGAUGGCAACUCUCAACUGGAAUAUUUUUAGAACAUGGCAAUGUGAUACAGCCUUCUUUGGAAGUUGAGGUAGACAGCAGUGUGGAAUACCAGAAGAUCAUUGGCUUUGGAGGAGCUUUCACUGAUGCUAGUGGUGUGAAUAUUUUGAGUCUGCCAAAAACAAUGCAGGAUAUGAUAUUGAAAGCUUAUUAUUCUGUGGAUGGCCUCGAGUACAACCUGGGUCGUGUACCUAUUGGUGGCACUGAUUUUAGCACCCACCCAUACACAUACGAUGACCUGAAGGAUGGGGACAUUGAUAUGGAUCUCUCUCACUUCUCACUUGCCGACGAAGAUUUGAAGUACAAGAUCCCGCUGAUACACAGAGCAUUAAACUUGUCCUCAACUCCUCUCAAACUAUUUGGCUCGGCCUGGGGUGCUCCAGCCUGGAUGAAAGACAACAACAAUAUUUCAGGCAAGGGCAAGUUACUGCUCAAGAUGUACUCCACCUGGGCAGACUACCAUGUGAGAUUUAUUAAGAGUUAUGGAGAACACAAUAUCACCUUCUGGGGACUCACUACACAAAAUGAACCAACUGAUGGCCUGGGAGGUUUAGUAAAUUUUAAUGCCGUUGGAUGGACUUCAGAAGAUCAGGCAAAAUGGAUCGGGCAGCACUUCGGUCCAGCUCUGCACAACAACAGCCUUGGUCACCUCACGGUCAUGAUAUUGGAUGACAACCGCUUCCUCCUUCCAAAGUGGGUGGAUGAUAUCAUGAUAGACGGUGAUGCAGCUCCAUAUGUUUCUGGUGUGGCCAUCCAUUGGUACAGUGACUGGUUGACCCCUACCCUCACCCUUGACCUGACACAUGAACGUCACCCAGAGCUUUUCUUGCUCUAUACCGAGGCGUGUACAGGACAGUGGCCAUGGGAGCCGCUCAAGGUGGUGCUGGGGUCCUGGACCAGGGCCGAGGAUUAUGCUGUUGACAUAAUAGAGAACCUGGAACACUGGGUGUCAGGCUGGACUGACUGGAACUUAGCUCUGGAUGUGAAAGGUGGACCGAACUGGAUUAAGAACUUUGUUGAUUCACCGAUUAUUAUCAAUGCACCUAAGGGAGAGUUCUACAAGCAGCCCAUGUACUAUGCCCUGGCUCACUUCACCAAGUUCCUGCCCGAGGGGAGUCGACGUGUGGCAUUACAGUCUACUUAUACAGGAGGGACAACAUCCUCCCUUAGUCACACUGCAUUUGUCCGUCCAGAUAACACGACAGUGCUUGUGUUUCUGAACAAGGGUCAUGAUGCUAUGACAGCAAGAAUCUCAGACAAGAGGGUUGGUCAGCUGAACCUCACAGUAGAGCCUCACACCAUCAUCACAAUGGCGUGGAAGGUGUAGUCAGUCUGCACUGUAUGCCAUUCGUACCUGAACCUUGUGAAAAUUAUCUUUUGGAAAAUGAACCAGUGAUAUUUGAGGUAAAGUAAAUUACCAUACUGGGCUAUCAAGUACUGCACAAAACAAAACACUUAUUUUCUUUCAAAUUAGUUAGUUUAUAAUGUCAGGGGACAAGAAUCAGUCAAUCACUUACUGUUUAUUAUAUGGAAAAUGAAAGACUAAGAAUGUGUUUGUGUUUACUCCUGGUUGUGGCUGCCCUGCAGUAUAGCGGGAGAAGGCUAGAAGAUGAGAAAUACUGUAUAGUGAGAACGAACAAGUGCAGGGAGUCCUUGUUCAUUGACCUGUUGUUUGUUGUUUUCUUAGUUCAUCAUUUGAAGUAAAUGAAUUAUUAUUGAAAUGAUAAUUAGAAUAUGUAUACGGUUUGUCCAACUGCACGAUUACUGUACGAUAGUUCUAUCUGGCCAGUGUACGAUACAGUAGUUCUGCCCAGCGUAUGAUACUUUAUUGUGGCAAUGCCUGAUUCAUUGACUGGUUAUAAAAUUUUAUUAACAAAUUACAUUCCAAUAAAUUUAAUUACUCUAUUUUUUAUUACAAUUAUUUAUGUAAUAUUUACAAACAUCUUCCAGAUAUUUAUGUCGGUGAGUUAGUCGGCCCCGUUGUUAGUCGUGGUCAUCAGGAAUGCAUGCUUGACAAACAAAGAGAUGCCCAGUAAUUUCAAAAUUCCGUAAAUGCAGGGAAUGCCUACAUUUUUCACAUGUUCAAGAAAGGUGAGCUAUAUAGUCUAUGUAACUAAAGUUUUACAGUACUGUACAGUGUAAUGAAUUUUCAAAACAAAUGGAGGAAUAAAUACGAGUGAAUGAGGAGGAAAAUGUGUUGCUCAUGAUUCUGGCCAGAGUAAAAAACAACAACAACAACAACAACAACAACAACUAAUAACAGUAUCAGCUUCAUUGAGUGAGGCUAAGACAGACAUGUGCAGUAUGAUGGAGUUGGCGACACAGUGGUAACUCGCAUCUCUCACUAGUACGUCAUGGGUUCAAGUACUGCUUGGCCCGGACGCAUGAGAGAAGGUUGUUAUUCAGUACAGUAUGACAUUACCAAAUAUUACUGGUUCCCUUCAGGUACUAACACUGGACAAAUAAAAUUCACAACAAAGUAACAAAGAACGAACAAACUGCUCGCACGUUUACAGUUGAUAAGUGGUGAAAUGAUAAUUGACAAUACAGUAUGCAAAACAUUUCUCUAAAACACUGACAAAGCAAAAUAUUACUAGAGGUUCAGGAAAUUAUCCAUGGACUUCAGUAAACAAGUGUGAUAGUAAAGUGAUAUUGUACAGGAUGCUUAUGACUGUGAUCGAGGACACCAGUGCAAUGAUGCUGAUGAAUAUUGACAGCUUGUGAUCAUCAGCCAGUUAUAUAUUCCUUUAUUUCAUUGUAGUAUGGAACAGUCUGGAUAUAUUAACCAAGAAGGAAAUAUUAUUCUCUCUCUGGAUGUUCUUUUAUAUAGAGUAAAGAAAUAUGGCUUCUGCCUUAACCCAUUGUAUAGUGGGAUCAGUCUGUGAUGAUUAAAAUUGCCUUGUGUUAACUAAAUAAAAUAUUAAAAGUGGCAUCCCAGUAAAGAAUAAGUUAGUAGAGACAGUUGAUUAACUCCUUGUGUAGUGGGGUGUGUCUGUGCUGAAUAAAAUAUCAAAAGUGUCGUCCCGGUAGUGAUGGGGUUAAUCCUGUAGAGUAGAUGAUGUUAAUAUUUUUCUUUUAAGUUAUAUGAAAUAUAUAUUAGAGUAGUUGUUGAGUAUAGUGAUCCCUGCAUCAUAUGGUUAAGUGAGAAAGAUCUCUUACUUGUGAAUAAACUUUUCAUUUUCAUUUAUGUUUUUUUGAAUAAUUUGUUAUUAAGUUACCAGAUAUGUUAUUUAUUUUUUGAGGAAUUUAAAGAGGAUAUGGAUGAGGUGAGUGAGACAUCAUCCACCUCAUCUGCCUUUCCUCUUAAUUUUCAGUAAAGAUCAGAAAAAAAUAUUCAAGGCAAUUAAUUUUCAUAAAUAAAAAUGAAAACUUAAUUCAUUAAUAAUUUUAUUGUUAAGGCAUCACUAUACUUUACUAUUACUUGUACGGUACAGUAUACAGUAUUAUUUAUCUUACUCAUGUUCACUUAGGUAUUUACCAUGCUAGUUACCAACAGUAUAGUACAGUACUUGUAUAUGAGGUACAGUAAUCAAGUCUUUCUCCUAAUUUUGUUAGUGUCCUAAGAAUUGCAAAAAUCAAGUACUGUGCAGUACUGUACACUUAUUAACCCUUAACCCUCUGUGUGUAUAUAAGUCUGUAGGUCUCUCUGUGCUGAAUAUAAUAAUCUGGCAUUAGUCAAAUAAAAUAUUACAGGCAGCUUCUCUAUAGUGAAGAGGUUAAGUGGUGGCCUUUAUCAGUGGUAUGUUUCAUGUUCCUUUGUUCCAUUUUUGCACACGUGGGGGUGGAGUAUGGAAUCCUUACCCGCUGUUUCAAGGUUAAUAGUCGGUCAAAAGGUAACGCCUUACUACCGCAAAAUAUACUGGUGCUCGGUGAAUUAAAAUAGAGAAUCUAUUCUUAUAUGUAUUCUUGUGCUGUCACCAUUGUUAUAAGUCUUUUGUGAGUGCUGUAUGGAACAGCACACUGCAAUAUGUGAUAAAUUUGUGCAAUCCUUUUAGAAUAAGUACAAACUCAGUUACAGUA